GGUCCGCUGGGGGCCCUGGCGCUGCUCUGGGCGGCGGCGGUGCUGUGCCAGUUGGGCAGCGGCAGCGUCCUCCGCCGCCGCCUCCACGCCGCCGGUUUCCUGCAGCGGCGGCUGAGCGGCGGCGAGCGGCGCGACGUGCAGCGGGAGAUCCUGGCCGUGCUGGGGCUGCCCGGCCGGCCCCGGCCGCGGACCCCCGCCGCCGCCCGCGCCCCCGCCGCCGCCGCGCCGCUCUUCAUGCUCGACCUCUACCACGCGGUGGCCGGCGAGGAGGAGGCGGAGGAGGAGGAGGAGGAGGCGGCGGUGUCGCGGCCGGUGCUCACCGGGCUCAGCACCCAGAGCCCCCCGCCCGGCAGCGUCGUCAGCCGCGCCGACACCGUCGUCAGCCUCGUCAACAUGGUCGAGCAGGACCGGGACAUCUUCUCCCCGAAGCCAUACUGGAAGGAGUUCAGAUUCGACCUGACGCAGGUGCCCACGGGCGAGUCGGUGACGGCCGCCGAGUUUCGCAUCUACAAGGCACGGGGGAUCAGCCGCCAUGCCAACAACACCCUCCACGUCAGCAUCUACGAGAUCGCCGCCGAGCACUCCAACAGGGAGUCUGACCUGUUUCUGCUGGAUGUCCAGGACCUGCAUGCUGGCACCGAGGGCUGGCUGGUAUUUGACGUCACAGCUGCCAGCAACCACUGGUUAGUGGAUCGGAAAUACAACCUGGGGCUGCGACUCUACGUGGAGACAGAUGAUGGGCACAGCGUCGACCCCGGCUCGGCGGGGCUGCUGGGGCGCCGGGGGCCCCGUUCCAAGCAGCCCUUCAUGGUGACGUUUUUCCGGGCGAGCCCCAGCCCCGCGCGCGUUACGCGGGCGGCCAAGCCCCCGAGGAGACGGCAGCCCAAGAAGACGAACGACCUCCCGCAUCCAAACAAGCUGCCGGGAAUUUUUGACGACGUCCACGCCGCGGACGGGCGGCAGGUCUGCCGGCGCCAUGAGCUCUACGUCAGCUUUCAGGACCUCGGCUGGCUGGACUGGGUGAUCGCCCCGCAGGGGUACUCAGCCUACUACUGCGAGGGGGAAUGCGCCUUCCCCCUGGACUCCUGCAUGAACGCCACCAACCAUGCCAUCCUCCAGUCCCUGGUCCACCUGAUGAAGCCCGAGGCCGUGCCCAAGGCGUGCUGUGCCCCCACGAAGCUCAGUGCCACCUCCGUCCUCUACUACGACAGCAACAACAACGUCAUCCUCAAGAAGCACCGCAACAUGGUGGUGAAAUCCUGCGGCUGCCACUGAUUGCCGGGUCCCGUCUCCGUCCCCGACCCCGA